GGGAUCGCCUGGAGAUUCACUGCCCCUUCAUCUCCGUCGCCACCCCCUCCCCUCCGUCACGGGGAUCGCCGGGGGAGUCACUGGCCCAUCCCCUCGGUAUCGGGAAUCAGCCGGAGCUUCGCUGGGAUCGCCGGGAGCAUCGCUUCUGUGGACGUCGGAAGAUAUGGCUGAUAUGAGCGGGGAUUGUAAAGAGUACCAUGAGAUCGUUAUCAAGACGUUUGUUAGCGAGGAAGACGGAUUCAAUUUCUACAACAGUUAUGCUCUUGAGAAAGGAUUUAGCGUGCGGAGAAGCUACGUUGAGUGGGAUGAAGCCAACAAGGAGAUAAUUUUGAGGAAAUUUGUGUGUAGUCGCGAAGGUUGUCGUGAAGAGAAGCACAUGAAGAGGAAGAGAGCAGAUAUGAAGAGGAGGCCACGGAAUAUCACUCGUGUUGGGUGUAAAGCCAAACUGGUCAUCGCAAGAGCCGAGGAAACAGGGCAGUGGUUUGUGAAGGAUUUUAUCGAUGUACACACGCAUAAACUGGCCCCAGGGGAUAUUGCUUGCCUGCUACGUUCACACAGAAGAAUCAGCGCCGAGCAGAAAGCGGACAUUAUAGAGAUGGAAACUGCUGGGAUCCGCAAACACAAAAUCAUGGAUGUAUUGCGCAUGCAAUGCGGUGGUUUCGAUAAGGUUGGAUGCACGACAAGGGACAUUUAUAAUUUCUGCCAUCAGUACAAGCAGGAAACAGUUGCUGACGGUGAUGCUCAAACUGUGAUCCGUCACAUGAUGGCGCGUGAAGAGAGAGAUCCAGGUUUUUUCUUCAGAUACCUGGUUGAUAAAGAUGAUCAUCUGAAGGGACUGUUCUGGUGUGAUAGUCAAUCCCGGCUUGACUACAAGGCUUUCGGCGAUGUUGUUGUUUUCGACAGCACCUACAGGACCAAUAAGUACAAUCUGCCAUUUGUGCCGUUUGUUGGGUUGAAUCACCACCGCAGCACUGUUAUUUUUGGAUGUGGUAUUAUUUCCCAUGAGACGACGGAGGCGUACGAGUGGAUGCUGGAGGUUUUCAGUGAAGCCAUGUCCCAGAAGCACCCAAUAUCUGUGAUCACCGACGGGGACCUUGCAAUGCAGAGAGCAAUCAGGGUGAUCUGGUCCGACUCGAACCAUAGGCUGUGUGUAUGGCACAUUCAGCAGAACAUUGUACGUCAUCUUAGUGAUGACAAGGUUAAGGAGGAAUUCAGAUCUUUCAUAUAUGAUUCCUCUUCCAUUACCGAGCAUGAGAGCAAAUGGCUAGAUUUCUUGGAAAGGAAUAAAGUAACAAGUGAGGAGUCGUGGCUGCAUCAGAUGUAUCAGAUGAGGAAGCUGUGGUGUGCCCCAUAUCUGGCGGGCCGUUGUUUCUUAGGAUUGAGCAGUAAUCAGCGGAGCGAGAGCUUAAACUCUGUCCUUCAUACGCAUCUUAGUUCGCAGAUGACAUUAUUUAAAAUGCUAGAGCAUUAUGAGCGUUGUCUUUCGACACGACGCUUGAAUGAGACGGUCCUAAACAUCGUGUCCUUGCAGUCCGUUCCAUAUACAGAGCCGGAUGCUUCAAGUCUUGAGGUACACGCUGCAAUGGUUUUCACAUCUAGUGUGUUUAAGUUGGUCAGAUAUAGCUUAGAUGCUGUCAGCAAAUGUUUUAUGAGCAAUAUACUAGAUGGAAGUGACCUAGAUGGAUCCGACUUGGUUACGUUUGUUGUGGCUAAGAAAGAUAGAAGAGAGAAGAAGUUUGAAGUGCGCUCUGUGGAGAAAGAAGGCUCUCCGUACAGGAUCAGUUGCUCUUGCCGUAAGCUGGAAUGCGUAGGCACACCAUGCUCCCACAUACUGUACGUAUUAGGAACAAUUAAAGCAAAAGAACUUCCUAGGUGCUGUGUUCCCACCAGGUGGACGAUGAGUGCAAGGUCUGCAUACCCUCUUCCGAGCAGAAAUAGUGGCAUGUAUGACUAUUCGAAAAGCCUGAUGAGGUACCGUGAGUUGCGGAAAUUGAGUCACGCGGCAUGUUUCAGGGCAUGUCAGUCGGACGAGGCGUACCAUCGUCUUGAGAUGGUUCUGAAAGCACCAGACGACAGCAUGGAAUCAACUAGUGGUCAGAAUGAAUCUAUUAGGUUUGGCCCGGUGCUGCCUCUAACUGAGCAAACUGUUCCUGGGGAUUUGGGGAAGGUUCUGGAUCCCUUGUGUGUGCAAGGCCGAGGUGCGCCGAAGAAAAGGCUGCAGGCAAAGAUGAAGAAGCCAAGAUCAAAGGGCAAAUGUGGCUAUUGCGGGGACGAGGGUCACAAUGUUCGUACAUGCAAAAAGUUGAAAGAGGACAACAAGCUGCGAGAAGAAGCUUUAUGACGGGUGCAUUUGAAGUCAGAUUGUAGAGGCCUUUGAUGAGGCUAUAUCAGAGCUGGACAGCCUGGGUGAAGAAUCCUACUCUUUCCAACUCUUGCAGGAAGAUGGUGGUGAUGAGAUCAAGGAAGCCCCAGCUCCGAAAGAAUCUGGAGAAGGACAGUAAGCUGAAUCCAGACACUUGUCUGAUGCGCCAGCUGUUCUUGGGGUGUAACAGAAACCGAUGGUCUUGGAUUUCGAUAGCAAUCUUCUAGUACGCGUACUGUUGUGGUCGCUACUUUGAAACUGUUUAAUUAAGCACUUUGGAGGUUUCUGGUGUUGAUAAAUGCUUGCUGGAUUAUCGUUUUCUUGUUCAAUCCGGCCACAAGCAAAAACCUGCUCUUUUGCACCAUUAGAAUGUUUGCUGUAUCAACCAUGUCUGACAAGACUUGCUGCAUCUAGUACUAUUUUGCUGAAAUUGAGUGGUCUUGUUCAUGUUUGGCUGAA